AUGUAUAUGAUAUUUAUUUUUGCCUUUGGAGUGAUUUUUCCUUCGAAACGCUCAAAGAUCUAUUCAAAAAAACACGUAAAUCUUUUUUCAUUCAUUAUUUUUAUUUGGUUGUUUUUAUAUGUGUACCUAUAUUUAGACAAUAUUUGGUAGGAUUGGCCUAUUGAUUAAGUAAAUAAAUAAAUGAAGUAUUUUGUAUUAGAAAAAUUAAAAAUGGCUGGUUUUGAUAUUAAUAAAAUAUUAAAUAUUUUUAUCGGUAUUAAUGUAUAUGGUUGGUUGGUUGAUGGUAGUAAAAAUAAUCAGAAGCCUUAUUAAUCAAUCAAACAAAUUUAAAAAUAAAAUCAAUCUAAUAAAUAAAUAAAUCACUGGUGCAUAAAUAAUUUGCGCAUUCUUUAGAAAAGAAGCAGCAAACACAAGGAAAUAUUAAAUUAUUGUAUUUAUUUAUGUAUGUAUGUAUUUAUUUACUUAUUUAUCUGCUAUUGA